UUGAUCUAACUUGUAUUUUCAAUGGUUUUCCUUUUAUAUCAUGUAUUUUAUUCACAAUGUGUAAUUAUAAAGAUUUAUACGUCGUAUAAGUUUUUGUUUUCGACUUCAAGAUCUAUUUCUAUUCUUCGAAGAAAUAAAAUUAAUCUUUUAUCAGUCAUUCAAUUGGAUUUUGUAAGUUAUUCUAUAACACUGAUUUAUAUUUAUAUUAAAGUUUAUUAGUUGUUUUAAAAGCACCAUAACAUAAAGAACUUAUAGAAAUUUCAUGUUUGUGAAAGUAUAGUUAAAAUAUAAUAUAUAUUUUUAAAUUACUUUUGUUUAUAUUUAAAAUCAUACAUUUGAAAGUUAAACUAUAACUAUAAUAUAAAUAAUUGUAUUCCAAGAACAAAAUAUGAGCAUCACAAAAUUUGGAGUGUUUUAAAGUUUAGAAAGAACAAAAUUUGGAGUAUUUUAUAUAUCUGGACGCCGGUUUUUAAUACAUGCAUAUCCUUGAAACUAACAAGAUACCUUUCCCUGUUUUUUUCUUAUAGAGCUGAAAUGCUAUUAAACUUUAAAGAAAUAAAAAGAUACAUCUCUUUUUAGUGGGGUAUGUCUUUGAUCCGUUGAAAAUACAAACAUACAAACAUGAAACCAAAUGAAAGCCCAUAUUUAGUAGCAGGGCCGUCCCUGCCAUAAAGCCAGUGAAGCUAGAGUUUUAGGCCACAAAAUUAUUACAAAAUAUGAGGCCACAUUUUUUGAAAAAGAAUGAUUAUAGUUAAGUGGUUAAAAACAUAUUCAUCUUUGUUUCAGUUGGAGUCCGCAUCUUCAAUGUUAUAGUGUCCGUCUUCCUUUUUUUUCUAUUGCGACAUGUAGUUUAAAUAACUUCUGAUUUUUUUUUGUCAAACAAAUAACUUAUAUGUUUCUUUUUUUUUCCUUGUGUUACUUAACAUUACAAAUAAUAAUAGUUCAAUUCAAACUCGUGAUUUUUAUUUUAUUAAAAUGUCUACUAAUAAUCUGACGUAACUAAACUACUACGAGUUAAAAAAAGUUAAACUAAAAAAAAAAAAAGAAGAAGCUAAACUACUAUUUCAAUUUGUAUAAAAAAGAGAAACUAUUAUAUAUGCAUAUAUAUUAUAUAAAUAUAUUUUACAAAUAAAUAUAAUGUUAUUGUAUAUAAAUAUGCUUCAGGCCACCAAAUUUAUCGGGACGGCACUGUUUAGUAGGAAAAGAAAUCAGAUGAACCCGAGAUUUACCGAGAGAAGCAAAUUUGUCGGCAUGCAAAGAAUCUGCAGUGGAAAUUGUCUUGAAAAUCAGACAGAUGUGACAUUCCUGUCUUCAUGCAUCUGUUCAGCCUCAUAACACCUGAAAGGAAGGAUAAUAUUUUAUUAAUCAAUAAUAUUCUUAUGUGCAAGUGCAAUACAACAACAAAAAAAAACUAAACAAAAAAUUAUAAACAUCAAAGAACAGAAGAGAAAGGAAAAUUCUUACAUAUCACAAAUCUGAAAAUGUUUGCACUGACUACUGACCCAACGAUUCUAGAUACCAUCACCAUAAGCAAUGUGUGUAAGAAGGCUGCAAGUAGACCAUGAGAAAGUCCUCAUUGGAAUGGUCUCACCGAGCUGGAAACAAAGGCAAAAGGAGAACAAACUAAUAAAGAGAUAUUGGGUUUGGUUUAUUUCUCUGUUUUUUUCAUAUUGGGUUUGGUUUUUCCUUUUUGCUCUCGGGAGCUUUUCUAUCUGAUGCCCUGUGUAUUUUAUACUCUUGUCUUGAUUAUGAGCUUCUGCUCUUUAUUUCAGUGUAGUAAUUUCAGUGUUAAAAAAAAGAAAGAAUGUGACUUCGAUUUUAGCGUAGCUAUUUGAGGGUUAGUGAUUUGAAUAUUAGAGAAUGGAGGAGGUUAUCUUACGAACAAGAAAAAAAUUUCUCCACAACAAAACAUGUACUAUUAGAAUAUCCCAAAAAAAAAUUUAUAACUUCAAAUAUAGAAUUUUUUCUUUCUAAAAAGAAACUUCAACACUUCGUAUUUAAAGUUUUGAGGAGUGAAACUACUCAAAACUUCAAAUUUGAAGUUUCAUUUUAUUUAUAUUUUGGUCCUUACAAUUAAUUACAAAUCUCAUUUAUUAUUUUAAGUAUUUUUUUCGUUUAUCAUUUUAAUCCUUAAAACAUUUAUUUCUCAUAAAUAUUUCAAAAUUGUUUUAAAAAUUUAAGUUUUACACAUAAAAUUAAAUUAAAAUUUUUUAAAAUAAGAUUUAUAUUAGUUUAAAACUAGAAUUAGACAACAAAAAUAUUACAAAAGAAACUUAAUAAAAAUCUUUUUAAAAGGUACAUGAAAGCAUAAUGAUUACACAAAUUUAAAUGUUAUAACAUCAGUAAUUGUUUGGUAAACUAGCUCUAGAACCUCCAAAAUCUCCAAAAUGUUGUUAAAACAAAUUUUGUGUAAUUAAAGACAGAGCAUUACAUAAAUAAUUUUAUGAAAUAAUCGGGUAUUUUUGUAGUUUAGUAUUUAAUUAUGUAUUUAUAUUUAGGGAAAUAUUUUAUUAAUUAAUAUUUCUGUUGUAUUUUAUAUAUGUAUAAAUUAUUUAUAAAAGUUUUAUGGAUUUACAUUAAUUAUGACAAAUAUAAGGACCAUAGCAUAAAAUACCUAAAAUAUAAAUAAUUUUGAAGUUAAGUUUGAAAUUUUGCUUUUGGAAGAAAACAUUUUAAACUUCAAAUAUAGAGUUAUGCACAACUCUAAAAUAGAGUGUCUUUUUGGAGAUGCUCUAAACAAGAUUAACGUCCUAAAUACAUGGCCGAGUUAACACUGUUAUGCUCUAAAACAAAUUACCCUCUAUAUUUAUAUUCAGAUAAUGUUUAAAAUAUUUUAAAUUUUAAUUAGUAAUAUUUUUAUAUUUUGUGAUGAAAAUAAAAUUAUAUACAUAUCAAAUAAUUUUGAACCCUUUUCAAAUUUAUUUAUUAUAUUUAUAAUUUUUUAUAUAAAAAUAUAAAUUUAUAAAAAAAUUGAACCUCUUAACUAUCAAUAUACAUGGGACACGGGAUUGGACUCUGGAUGAUCGCACCGCAUGUCCUCCUGCUCAGUCGGCCUUACCUAAGUAUACAUGUGGGUUGAAUAUAUAUGGUCCUCUUUUUUUCUUUUCUUUUUUGAAACAGAAUAUUGUCCUAAAAAAUUUACGGCUUUAUUUUGUAACAUUUGGACUGUACCAUUUUGAGAUUGUAUGUAGCCUUGUCCAUUGGGUUAUAUUAAUAAAAAAAAUCAUGAACAUAAAUGUAAACUAAGAAUUUUAACUCACUGUAAUAUAAUUUACAGUAGAUUUGUUACACGUGUUCUUCGAAGAUAGGAUAAGCUAAUCCAAAUUAAGUAUUUUUCCUGGUCAGAAUGCAUAUUAAAGUUUCGUCAUGAAAAAACAAAAAGUAAUUCAUAUUCAACGAAAAAACAAACUAACAAAUAUCUUUUCAAAAUUUCUUUCCAUGUAAUCACUUUCUUUGGAUGUAUUAUUAUUAUUUUCCUUUUGCAUUUAUUAUUUAGUUAUAUAUUUUCUCUACAUUUUAUGAUUUAACCAGAAAAGUCCAUUAAAAGGUAUUUUGUCAAUUAUAAGACUGAGACCAUGCAUACCGCUUAGGCGCUUAGCCUCUAUAUAAAUUGUUUACACUCAUCUGCUAUAACAACACUCAGAGUUGAAUAAAAACAUAAAAAAUAGACCAAGAGAACAUUCUUCCGAUCAAUCAACGUCGGAAAAUGGCAAAUCUACCAGAUUCACUGUACGAGGAUUACAGUACAAGCAAGUUGACGUUGCCAUCUGCUUCUUCCUUUGCUCCAACCACCACUGUCGUACCUUUUCCGGACAUGGACACAAUUAUCCAGUGGAUCAAUGAUCUUCAUAAUGAGAUUCCAUUUGUCUCUAAUUCCGCGCUCCAAAACCUUGUCACUCAUAGGAACACUUAUGAGAUCUUGCCGCUGCUAUUAUGGAAAUCUCCUUGUACAAUGGCCAUGAUGUUGCAGGAGAUCGUGAAAAUCUACCCACACAUCUCAACUCCAGUACACUCUCGGGAGGGGAAGCCACCUCGAGCGUACAAUAUUCUGCUUUUGUUCCAGUGCAUAGCUCAUUAUCCGGAGACAAGAGGCUACUUCCUUAAGGCUGAGAUGCCACACUACUUAUUUCCUUUGAUGGACAUUAAUCUCACCGACAAGCCUAUCGAAUGCUUAAGGCUUGGUGCAUUGGGUGUCCUUGCUCAUAUGUUGAAGGCGGUACAUACAGUAGUAUCCUCCUCUUUCACAGCAUAUAUUUUUGUCACAAAAAUACUUAAUAUUAUUUUGAACAUCUCACUUGUCUUACAGCCUAUAGACGGAGCUGCUGUUCGUUUCCUUAUGGACAACGGUGCUUUACGUUAUUGCAUCAAAGCUAUCGAGAUUGGCUCUACAGAGUCAAAGACAGUUUCUGUGUUCAUAUUGAACAAGAUUCUGUCAACUAAUGAGGGGCUUCAGUACUGCUGCGUCUUGGCUGAUCGUUUUUUCCUCAUAGACGGUCUCCUGAAAAAUCUGCUUGUGUAUCUUUCUUCCAUGACCAACCCUUCUCCCAGCUUGUUCAAUCUUAUUGCUGGUUGCUACGCCAAGCUCUCCCAGAAGCCCAGGGCUCGUGAGGGGUUAUGGCGUUUCCCUCCUGUCAUGCUGCUCAACGGGACCUUCGCCAGUUUAUUUGCUGUAAGAUUGGAACUCUUUCUUGAGCUCUGUAUGGAUUUGGUCAAGAUUCAGAGUGUUUUUGUGUGUGUGGUUUUACGCAGGAGGACCCAGACGCUGUUAACUACCGUAAGCAGCUGAUUCGGAACAUGCAAAGCAAAGUUAUGAAGUAGCAGAAACACACAGUUUUACUCCAGCGUGACGCUAAGUAAUAACUAAGAAGACAGAAAAGCUAUGUUCUUGUUUUGGUUUACUCUCUUCUUCAGAUGACUCUUUUUUAUUAUCUUUCAGCAUUGUUUUUCUCUCUUUUGGGAUACAUUUGAACCCUUUUUCUAUCUUCUUCUCCUUUCAAGUAUUUUAUAUUUUGAUUUCUCUCCAGAGGGAGAAAGGAUUUGCUUAA